AUUACCAAAGAAGCUUGAAACAGUUGGUGCAUUUCAAAAGCUGCCCAUGGUGAUGCAAUCUUCUGAUAUUCUUUACUCAGCAAUAAAGAAGGCCAAAAGAGUUUCUCCAACUAAGGGCAUUGCCAACAUUGCAAAGCGAGAGAGAAAUAGCGGUGCAAAGCAGCUUGAUGCGCUGAUGAAAGAAUUGGCAGCUCCUUUGAGGACUUACAUGGAGAGUUUUCCAAAGAGACAUACUAUUCAUCCAUAUGAGCGAUCUCUUAUUGAAUUGACUCUUGGAGAUGGAAAUUAUCAUUAUAUUAUAUCAAGAAUUAUUGUUAUAAGGUGUUUAUGUGCUGAGACGAACUUCAAAGAAACUUUUUUGGCAACAGUUUGCAAGAGGUCUAUAUUGAGAUGCAUUUCUUUGGCGCAAUAUUAGACAACAUUGAUAGUUGAAGUUUUUAGAAUAAAAAAUAUAUUUCACUAACUUUGUAUACAUUUCUUGUUUAAUAGUUGGU